AUGAAUGGUGAUAUUCAAUUUGAUAAUAUCAACUUUGCCUAUCCAGCUCGACCUGAUGUCUUAGUCCUACGAAAUCUCACUUUGACGGCUCGUCCUGGUGAGAUAACAGCUUUAGUCGGUUCAAAUGGCUCUGGUAAGAGCACAUGCUUUUCACUUUUACUUCGUUUUUAUGAGCCUCUAUCUGGUGGCAUUACAAUUAAUGAUCGAUCGAUAACAGAUUACAAUUUGAAACAACUCCGACAAAAGAUAGGUGUAGUCAGUCAAGAACCUAUUCUUUUCGCUACAAGUAUUUAUGAAAAUAUUCGCUUUGGUAAAGAAAAUGCAACAAGAAUCGAGAUCGAAGAAGCAGCACGUCAAGCUAAUGCACAUGAUUUCAUUAUGAAAUUACCCAAUAAAUAUGAUACAGUCGUUGGUGAACGUGGUGUUCUAUUGAGUGGAGGUGAAAAGCAACGUGUGUGUUUGGCUCGUGCUCUUGUCAAACAGCCAGCCGUGCUUUUGUUGGACGAAGCAACAAGUGCUCUUGAUAAAGCCAGUGAAGAGGUUGUACAAGAAGCACUUGAUCGAGCUUGUAAAGGUCGGACGACUAUUGUGAUCGCUCAUCGUUUUGCAACAAUUCAAAAUGCACAUCGAAUUUAUAUGUUGCAUAAUGGAUGUGUUAUCGAACAAGGUACACACGAGAUAUUGAUAUCAAAAGAAGAAAGUCAAUAUUGGAAGAUUAUGAAAGCACAACAGAGAGAACAACUAGAAAAUGAUAUCGAAGUAGCAGCAAGUCUCACACAAUAUGAAGAUGCUGAUCAAAAACAAACAUGUCAACGUGUGGCCCUUAUAGGUGCAUCUGGUUGUGGCAAAUCGACAGUCAUUCAACUCUUGGAACGAUUCUAUGAUCCUAUGCAAGGUCGAAUUUCUCUCGAUGGUGUUGAUAUUCGAGAGCUGAAUAUGCAAUGGCUUCGUUCGUGUCUUGGUCUUGUUAGUCAAGAGCCUGUCUUAUUUGAUUUGACUAUUGCUGAGAACAUAGCAUAUGGUAUAGAAAACACUUCGAUUGAAGAUAUUAUUGAUGCAGCCAUCAAAGCCAACAUUCAUGAUUUCAUUCAGCAGUUACCUCAAGUUAGUAAAGUAUCAACGCAUGAUAUUUGA